UCACUCGUGAGAAGCAUUGACUCAUUCGCCAUUUUUAUUUUUUUCCAUUUGUCGUUUUGGGUGUUGCUGCAGACGAAAACUUAAAAAAUCGCUAAAAAUGGAAAUGUCUUUAAAUCCUGUGCGCGUGCUUAAGAGCGAGGCGCAAGAAGAGAAGGCUGAAAUGGCUCGCCUGUCAUCUUUUAUAGGAGCUAUUGCUAUCGGUGAUCUUGUAAAAAGCACUUUGGGACCGAAAGGUAUGGACAAGAUUUUGGUAGCGCAUGGGCGCAAUGCUGGCCAAGUUGAAGUUACAAAUGAUGGUGCCACGAUAUUACGCGCUGUGGGUGUAGAUAAUCCAGCUGCUAAAAUAUUGGUAGACAUGUCGCGUGUACAAGACCAAGAAGUUGGAGAUGGUACUACUUCAGUUACCGUGCUUGCUGCUGAGCUUUUACGGGAAGCCGAAAAAUUAGUGGAACAAAAAUUGCACCCACAAAUUAUCAUUGCCGGUUGGCGUUUGGCUACCCAGGUGGCACGUGAAGCUCUUACACAAGCUUCACAAGACAAUUCAGCCAAUGAUGACAAGUUUAAAGAAGAUCUACUGAAUAUUGCGCGGACAACAUUAUCGUCAAAAAUUUUACAUCAACAUAAAGAGUUUUUUUCAAAACUAGCUGUGGACGCGGUUCUGCGACUUAAAGGCUCUGGAGAAUUGCAUGCAAUUCAAAUAAUAAAGAAGACCGGCGGCACAUUGGAUGACUCAUUUUUAGAUGAUGGCUUUCUAUUAGACAAAAAACCAGGAGUACAUCAACCACAACGAAUUGAAAAGGCGAAAAUUCUAAUUGCGAAUACACCUAUGGACACUGAUAAGAUCAAAGUAUUCGGAAGUACUAUCAAGGUAGACUCUUUGGCGAAAAUUGCCGAUUUAGAAUUGGCCGAAAAGGAAAAGAUGAAGGAUAAGGUGCAGAAAAUCUUGAACCACAAUUGUAACGUGUUCAUUAAUCGUCAACUUAUUUACAAUUACCCUGAGCAAUUGUUUGCGGAUGCUGGCGUUAUGGCUAUAGAGCAUGCUGAUUUCGAUGGAAUCGAACGUUUAGCUCUUGUUACUGGUGGUGAAAUUGUUUCCACUUUUGACAAUCCUUCACUGGUCAAAUUAGGUGAAUGCGACGUGAUCGAGCAGGUAAUGAUUGGCGAGGACACACUUUUGCGUUUUAGCGGAGUGAAAUUGGGUGAAGCAUGUACAGUUGUGAUACGAGGUGCAACGCAACAAAUCAUCGAUGAAGCUGAUCGGUCAUUGCAUGAUGCCUUAUGUGUUCUAGCUGCUACUGUAAAGGAAUCGCGCAUUGUAUAUGGUGGCGGUUGUUCAGAAGCUCUAAUGGCUAAUGCUGUUUUCAAAAAGGCUGGAGAAACCCCAGGAAAAGAAGCAAUUGCAAUGGAAGCAUUUGCCAGAGCUUUGUUGGCAUUGCCAACAGCUAUUGCCGACAAUGCCGGUUAUGAUUCAGCACAACUGGUAUCAGAAUUACGUGCUGCCCACGCGCAAGGUAAAUCUGCCAUUGGCUUGGAUAUGGAAAAGGGGAAAGUAGGUGAUAUGAAAGAACUGGGAAUUACCGAGUCUUUCGCUGUUAAACGUCAGGUAUUAAUGUCCGCAUCAGAGGCAGCUGAAAUGAUAUUACGCGUGGACGAUAUCAUAAGAUGUGCCCCAAGACGGCGUGUUCCUGACCGCGGUUACUGUUAGAUUAAGUUUUUUAUUAUUAUAUUAAAAUACUUGCUUUAGCAAAGUAAAACUAUGUACUCCAUUUCUGUUCAAAUUACUUCAUUCUACAAACAAAGCGUAAAAAAAGUUAUUAAUAUCUGUCUCUAACGCUGUCCGCUCUAAUCCAUUCUCAAGAAAUUCGAAACAUUGUACAGUUGACAGCUCUCGUUUUUGCACUUGUAUCUCACUAUAUUAAAAAUACUGAUUUUUAAAAUAAAUCUGUUGAUAUUGGAAAUUAAUACAAA